AUUCUGCGGCAGUCUCCGUCCAUUCUCACUUGCGGCAACAUCUCCAUGCUUCCCAGUGCCAAAGACGAUCUUCAGUGAAAAGUUGUGGAAUUUUUUUCUCUCAAGUGUGCAGAUAUGGCAGAAGAUUGGGCUUUCCUGGAGCGUGUUCAUCGAAUCCUAUCCGAGGAGAAUAUCCUAGAGCCAGCACCUGAUACACGUGUUGUAGACUUUAAGUAUCCAGAUGAGCUUUUGAAAAUCAUCGACGUGUCUCUGGGCACUCAAGUGCCACGCACUUUGGACGAGGCGGAAGAAAUUUGUCGGCUCAUCUUAAAGUAUUCCGUGAAGACGGGUCAUCGUUUCUUCUGCAAUCAACUUUUUAGCGGUUGCGAUCCCUACGGCAUUGCUGGCGCCUGGAUAACUGAUGCACUCAAUACGAGUCAAUACACCUUCGAAGUAGCACCGGUAUUCACCCUGAUAGAAGAUUCAGUUAUCAAGAAAUGCCUGGAGCUUUUUAACUUCCCAGAUGGGGAUGGAAUCUUCAGUCCAGGUGGAUCCAUGUCCAACAUGUAUGCAAUGGUUUUGGCGCGCUUUAAAGUGAAUCCGCAGUACAAAUCCAUUGGAAUGUUUGGAAGUCCUCCAUUGGUGGCUUUCACAUCGCAAGAUGCCCACUAUAGUCUAAAGAAGGCAUCCCACUGGAUGGGAAUUGGUUUGGACAAUUUGGUGCAAGUGCGCACCGAUAAUCGCGGACGAAUGUGCCCAGAUGCCCUGCGGGAGGCCAUUGAACGCGUCAAGAGCGAGGGUCGUCGACCAUUCUUCGUGAAUGCCACGGCAGGAACGACUGUUCUCGGUGCAUUUGAUGACAUUCACAAAUUAGCGGAUGUCUGUGAAGAGGCUGGAAUUUGGUUGCACUUGGACGCAUGCCUAGGUGGAACUGCUAUUCUAUCUGAACGCUUCAAAGGGCUUCUUCGUGGAACUGAGAGGGUGCAAUCCCUUGCAUGGAAUCCCCACAAAACCCUCGGGGCUCCACUUCAGUGCUCAAUUCUUCUUAUACAGGAAAAGCAAUUGCUUCAUAAAUGCAACUGCGCCAAUGCGGAUUAUCUCUUCCAGCAAGACAAAUUCUACGAUAUCUCCUACGACACAGGCGAUAAGAGUUUCCAAUGUGGAAGAAAAGUGGAUUCCUUUAAAUUUUGGCUGAUGCUGAAGGUGCGUGGAGCGAAGAAUUUGGGAGAAAGGGUUGACAAUGCAUUAGAGAUGAGCAGUUAUUUGACGGAGAAACUGAAGCAUCGACAGGGCUUCCGCCUCGUUCUGGAUGAAUUUGAAUAUACAAACAUUUGCUUCUGGUACAUCCCUCAGGCAAUGCGUGGACAAGAAGAGACUUCAGAUUGGUGGCAGAAACUUUACAAGGUUGCACCUAAAAUCAAAGAAAAGAUGGUGAUGAGUGGUUCCAUGUUGGUGGGCUUUUCACCACUUCUCCACAAAGGUAUUGGAAACUUCUUCCGUAUGGUUAUCACCUGCUACCCCUCACGUACUCGCGCUGACAUUGAUGAUUUUAUUGCUGAAAUAGAGAAGCUAGGCGAGAGUAUUGAUAUAUGAAAUAUUUCUAUUGAGUAAGGAAAUUUCAAAAUUUUCACUAUAAAUUAUUAAUUUUGAAAAUUUCUUUUUUAUCAGUAUACCAUUUUCUUAUCUUAUGCAAGAAUUGAACAUUCUGAGGCAGUUGCACUCUUGAAACUUAUUUAAAGAAUUUUGCAGGCAGGACUUAUGAAUGAUUUUUAGAUAAACAUUCUAAUUUUCAUUUUACGAACAAAAAAAAAGAAUUUACGAUGUAUCAGCCUUAUUAUGUAUGAAGGGUUUUAGUUUAGUUUAUAAAAUCUUACCGUCAGUAUUCGGAAUAUAAGAUUUUAUGCAUAUAAACAAUUUAAAUUGUGUCUAUCAAUUAAUUUAUAGACAAUUUCCGAAUUUAUUCUCACUGCCUUAUCACGAUAAAAAUAUAUUUUUUGUAAAAAAUAUAACUUUUUAUAACAUAAACAAAUAUUAAUGAUUAUAAAUUUUUAAUAAAGACAUUUCUAUGGCAAGUA